AUGGCCACUCGUUCACUUUUUUCGUGCAUUUCUGUAGGCAUCGCUGGGUUUCUGGCAGCUGGUGCUAAUGGUGAAGAUACUUUGGAUUAUGAUGUGUUGGAAUAUAUAAACCCGCUUAUUGGAAGCACUGGAGGAGGUAAUGUCUUCGCCGGCGCGUCAAUGCCUUACGGCAUGGCCAAAGCCGUUGCCGACACAGACUCCCCGACCAACCAGGGAGGAUUUGCAUACGAUGGCAGCAACAUCACCGGCUUCUCGGGCUUACAUGAUUCAGGCACUGGAGGAUCCCCAUCGCUCGGAAACUUCCCUCUAUUCCCAUACGUGAAGUGUGACGGUGACGACAUCAAUGGCUGCGUCUAUCCCAAAAAAGACCGCAAGACCGGCUAUGAUCCAAAUUCCGUGACUGCAAGUCCUGGAUAUUUUGGAUUAACGAUGAACUCGGGGAUUAUGGUAGACAUGACAGCUUCUCACCAUACAUCCCUGUUCCGCUUCCGCUUCCCGAAUGAGAGUGAUGCAUCGAGUCCGUUGAUCUUGCUAGAUUUGACAGAUUUGUCGGAUAGCAGACAGGAUAACGGGACUAUAUCUGUUGAUCCAUCUACAGGCCGCAUGAUGGGCCAUGCGCGAUUUCUGCCAAGUUUUGGGAGUGGUUCUUAUGUUCCUUACUUCUGCGCGGAUUUUCAAAGCGAGGCAGGGUUACGGGAUAAUGGAAUUUUCGUCAAUUCACGCGCUAGCACGGAGGUCAAGAAGCUGAAUAUCUCUCGCAGCAUAAAUGGAUAUCCUCUUCCGGGCGGCGCUUUCGUCAGAUUCAACUACACAUCCGACCAAACAAUCCAAGCCCGCGUCGGAACCAGUUUCAUCAGCAGCGAGCAAGCAUGCAAAAAUGCUGAGGCUGAGGUCCCGGAUUUCAACUUCCCCGGAACACAUUCAGUCGCUUUGGGCAUGUGGACGGAGAAGAUGGCUCCCAUUAGGGUAUCGAGGAAGGGAGUCAAUUCGUCUCUUUUGACUAAUUUUUACAGUGGUAUUUACCGUACCAUGAUUAAUCCGCAGGAUUAUACUGGUGAGAAUCCGCUGUGGAAUAGUACGGAGCCAUAUUUUGACUCGUUCUAUUGUCUGUGGGACUCAUUCCGCUCUCAACUACCCUUUUUGACAAUCCUCGAUCCCAAAUCCGUAGCUCGCAUGAUACGCUCCUUAAUCGACACCCAAAAAAAUCUGGGCUGGCUCCCAGACUGCCGCAUGUCCCUUUGCAAAGGCUACACCCAAGGCGGUUCCAACGCCGACAUCGUCCUCGCAGACGCCUACAUCAAAAACCUAACCGACGGUAUCGACUGGUCCGCCGGCUACGCUGCCGUCAAAAAAGACGCCGAAGAAGAGCCCUUCGACUGGUCCGCCGAAGGCCGCGGCGGGCUCGACAGCUGGAAAUCCCUACACUACAUCCCCGUCGAGGACUUUGACUAUGUCGGCUUCGGGCCGAUGACGAGGAGUGUUUCGAGGACGUUGGAGUAUGCGUAUAACGAUUUUGCCAUUGCGCAGAUUGCGCGCGGGCUGGGGGAGAUUGGGGAUGCGGAGGUAUACGAGGAGAGGGCUGGGUAUUGGACGAAUUUGUUCCGGGAGGAUCAGGCGUCGGUUGUUGGGGGUGAGGAUACAGGGUUCCGGGGUUUUUUCCAACCUAGGUAUUUGAAUGGGUCCUGGGGAUAUCAGGAUCCCAUCACCUGUUCAAGCAUCGACACCAGCGGCCGCGCAUGCUCCCUCCAAAACAACGCCGCAGAGACCUUCGAAGACAGUAUCUGGGAAUACCAAUUCUUCGUCCCCCACCAAAUGCAAACCCUAAUAAGCCACCUUGGCGGCCCAACCCCCUUUACAACCCGCCUCGACUACCUCCACAACAACCGCAUCACCUACAUCGGCAACGAACCCUCCUUCCUAACAGUCUUCCAAUACCACUACGCCGGCCGCCCUGCAAAAUCAACCCUCCGCGCACACACAUACAUCCCCUCAUCAUUCUCUCCCACACCAAACGGCCUACCCGGUAAUGAUGACAGCGGCGCAAUGGGCUCGUUUGUCGCGAUGGCGAUGAUGGGCCUUUUUCCGAAUCCGGGACAGGAUGUUUAUUUGAUUUCUGCGCCGUUUUUCGAGGAAGUAAGUAUUACUUCUCCGCUGACGGGGAAGACAGCGAGGGUGAAAACGGUGGGCUUUGAUGCGGGGUAUGAGAGGGUGUUCGUGCAGGAGGCGUUUUUGGACGGGGAGCGGUAUGGCAGGAAUUGGGUGGGGCAUGACUUUUUCACGCAGGGGCGGGAGUUGGUGCUUGUUCUGGGGGAGAGUGAGAGUGGGUGGGGGACUGGAGAGGGGGAUGUGCCGCCUUCGUUGGGGUAG